GGAGGGGGCGGGGCCACACCCGGAAGCGGCGAGGGGCGCGGGGGCAGCACCGACAGCACCGGCAGCACCGGCGAUCAGGAGAAGCCGCAGCGAUGUCGGAACGGAAAGUGCUGAACAAAUAUUACCCCCCGGACUUCGAUCCGGCCAAGAUCCCGAAGCUGAAGCUCCCGAAGGACCGGCAGUACGUGGUGAGGCUCAUGGCCCCCUUCAACAUGAGGUGCAAGACGUGUGGGGAGUACAUCUACAAGGGCAAGAAGUUCAACGCCCGCAAGGAGACGGUGCAGAACGAGGCCUACCUGGGGCUGCCCAUCUUCCGCUUCUACAUCAAGUGCACGCGCUGCCUGGCUGAGAUCACCUUCAAGACAGACCCCGAGAACACGGAUUACACCAUGGAGCACGGCGCCACGAGGAACUUCCAGGCAGAGAAGCUCCUGGAGGAGGAGGAGAAGAGGAUGCAGAAGGAGAGGGAAGAGGAGGAGCUCAACAAUCCCAUGAAGGUCCUGGAGAACCGAACCAAGGACUCCAAGCUGGAGAUGGAGGUCCUGGAGAACCUGCAGGAGCUGAAGGAGCUCAACCAGCGCCAGGCCAACGUGGAUUUUGAGGCCAUGCUGAAGCAGUACAAGGAGCUGGAGGAGGAGCAGAGGCGCAAGGAGCAGGAGGAGGACGAGCAGGAGAUGAAGGCCAUGCUGGAACAGGCCCAGAACCGCCGGCUCCUGGUGGAUUCCGACUCUGACGAGGAACCGGCAAAUCCCCGCCCCAAUCCCACAUCCCAGACAAAACCCACGGACAUCCUGCAGGAGGACCCCCAGCCCCAGAGCAAGAAGCCGAGGACGGAGAGCUGGGAGCGCAGCGUGGGCAAGCUCAGCACCAAGGCCCAGCUGGCCGGGCUGGUGGCCCGCAGGAAGCAGAAGCCAGAUCCUGCCCUGGAUAACGGGAUGGAAGCCCGAGGCACCACGGCCAACACCGGCUCGCUUCCAGCAGCAGCAGCAGCAGCAGCAGCAGCCACGUCCUCGCUGGGUUUGUUGGGAGCCUACUCGGACAGCGAGGACAGCGCCAGCGACUGAGGAGCCGGCGGGGCGGUGACAGAGCAGGGACAGAGCAGGGACAGAGCAGGGACAGAGCAGGGAUGGGGCUGUCCCCACUCCCUGCUGCUCCUGCAGCCCCACAGCGAGCUGCAAGCACAGCCAGGGGCCCCGGGGAUCCCGGCCACCGCUGUUGGCACAUCCUGCCGUGCAGCAGCAGCACGGGGAAGGUGUUUUCCCUGCAGCAUUGGGAAGCCCCGGCAGUGCCUGGUGUGUCCCAGCCCUGCUCCCAGGAUGUGUUUGGAAGUGCCAGGGCUGGACAGGACUCCGGUGUGUCCAUUCUGGGGGUGCCACUGCCCUCACCCCCGCAGGGAUCGUGCCCAGGUCGGGUUUAGGGUGCCCUGUUUCCCCCCAGCAGGGAGGGGUCCUUGGGGUGCAGGGGAAGGUGGGCACUCAGCCCCCCUCCUUCACUUCACUUCACCACCAGCUGGUUCUGUCCCGGGGUGUCUCAGAUGCCACCUUUGCACACACCCAGGGGGCUCCUGCAGCCCCUCACUGCGGGGACAGGGCUGUCCUGCCACCACCAGCCCCCCCAGAUGUCCCCUGGAGCUCGGGGACAAAUCCCUCCCCCCCGUUCUGAGCCUGCUGGGGUUCCAGCAGCCACAAGUCUGGAAUAAAUGGGAUCUGGCAGAGCCAGAUCAGAGCUUCAUCCCAGA